AACAGAUUUAAGUAGGAAUUCAUCAGUUCUACAUGAAAUAUUAAUUGUCAAGACUGCAUAAUUCAGCACUUUAAAAUGUUGCGGCACAUAAUUUCGAGAAGUUUCUCAUCAAAUUCACCGACUUUAAAGGAAAUCUUCAGAUCCAGACAACUUAAUCAGCCAGUAAAAGUCAAAGGAUGGGUAAAGACAAUUCGAUCAAUGAAGGAACUCUUGUUUUCGGAUAUAAACGAUGGAACGACAGGUGAAAACUUACAGCUUGUCUGUGAUAAGUCAGACAAGUCAAAAUUGAUAUUUGGAUCAUCAAUAGAAGCAUCUGGGAUGCUUACAGAGACACCAAAAGGUCAACUGGAAGUUAAAGUUGACAAUAUUAAAGUCAUUGGAGACUGUCCGACUGAGAAUUAUCCAUACGUCGCAAGAACAUCAUACAGUCCAGAAUAUAUUCGUGAAAAUCUUCAUUUGCGGUCCCGAGUAAGCUCAUUUAACUCAAUGAUUAGAUGCCGUCAUGUGCUGUCGAAUAUAAUCCACAAUUAUUUGUUUAACGAAGGCUUUAUCCAAAUCCACACACCAAUUUUAACUGUAAAUGAUUGUGAGGGAGGCGGUGAAGUAUUUAUGGUCAAACCAGAUAGUGAGGAACUCAUCAAAGUCAUGAGAAAGAACGAAACUGACAAAAAUGAGGAAGUUUUCUUUGAUCGCAAAGCAUUCUUGACAGUUAGUGGACAGCUGCAUCUAGAAUCUAUGGCUCAUGGGCUUACAAAAGUCUACACAUUAGGUCCAACAUUUCGUGCUGAGAACUCAAAAUCAGCAAUUCAUUUAUCAGAAUUUUACAUGCUGGAACUAGAAGAAAGUUUCAUCGAGUCACUAGACGACGUCAUUAGAACAAUUACAAAAAUGUUUAAGACAGUCACGAAAGAGUUUCUUGACAAGUCUUCGGACGAGAUUAUGAGGAUUAAUAAGUCCAAUAAGGAUUUUAAUAUUGAGGAACGAUUCAAUUGGAUGGAUAAGGAAUUUCAAGUCUUAACUUACGAUGAAGCUUUUAAAAUAAUUAAAAAUAAUGAAAAUAAAUUCAAGACUGUCGUUGACUAUAAGGAAGGCAUUUCAAAAGAGCAGGAAAUAUUUCUGACAAAUUACUGUAAAGUUCCGUGCUUCGUUAUUGACUGGCCCAAGGAACAAAAGUCAUUUUACAUGAGACAAAAGAAAGACAAUCCAAAUAUUGUCGAAGCAUUGGACUUCCUCAUACCACAAGUCGGCGAAGUUGCUGGUGGAAGUGUCCGUGAAGACAAUUACGACCGAUUGAAGGCAAAAAUGUCAACAGACGAAAGCCUCAGGUGGUAUCUUGACUUGAGAAAAUAUGGCUCAGUAACAACAGGUGGUUUUGGAAUGGGAUUUGAUCGUUACCUUCAAUACCUCCUUAAUAUCCAUAGUAUAAAAGAUGUUAUUCCGUUUCCGCGAUGGGCACACAAUUGUAGCAUGUAAAAAAUAAUUUCAUUUAAAAUUGUCCUUAAAUGAGGAAGAUGUGCACUUUUAAUUUUGUUAAGGCAAUGUUCAAAUCGUGCAGCCUUAACGUUGACAAGAUAAUAAAACAAAAUUAGCUAUGAAUUUUUAAUUAGAUUUUUUAUUAUUAAGACAUUUGGGAG